AUGUAUAAGAAUACUAAUCUGCUUCUUCUUCAUCAGAUCCUUCCUUCGUUCACCACCACCAACAGUUAUCGAGUGUGCAGGAAGAUUGUUUCGAAAAGAAUGAGUAGGAAUCCUGCAACUGAGCCUAAAGUUCGGAAUUUCGAGUCAAUAAUAAUAAGCAAACCUGAUGUUGCAGGUAUCAGAUUCCGUCUCGUGUCUUAUAACAUAUUAGCUCAGGUUUAUGUGAAGAGUUCCCUUCUCCCACACUCUCCACCGGCCUGCCUCAAAUGGAAAGCUCGUUCACUUGCAAUUCUCGGCGUGCUCAGAAAACUCGAAGCUGACUUCUUUUGUUUGCAGGAAGUAGAUGAGUACGAUAGCUUUUACAGGAAAAAUAUGGACACUCUGGGCUACUCUGGGAUUUAUAUUCAGAGAACCGGACAGAGGAAGCGUGACGGUUGUGCAAUCUUCUACAAGCCUGGCUGUGCAGAGUUAGUCGCCAAAGAACGGAUCGAAUAUAAUGAUCUUUUGGACUCAGUAAAGGCAGACAGUGUUUCCUGCAGCGCACAGGAGACUGAGACCUCCAAUGAAUCAAAAGGUGAUGAGAAAGCGAAAGAUUCUCGAAAAGACAGCCGUGACCUUAGUGAUCCACUAGUGAGACUAAAACGCGAUUGUGUUGGAAUAAUGGCUGCUUUUAGGAUCAGCAAGCCGUUUCAUCACAUCGUCAUCGUGGCCAACACACAUCUUUACUGGGACCCGGAGCUGGCUGAUGUGAAGCUUGCACAAGCCAAGUAUCUACUUUCACGACUAGCUCAGUUCAAGACUGUAAUAGCAGAUGAAUUUGAAUGUACACCUUCUAUAUUAUUAGCUGGUGACUUCAAUUCAAUUCCUGGGGAUAAGGUUUAUGAGUACCUGGUGUCGGGUAAUGGGAAGUCUGCAGAGACCAUGGAAGAAGAGGGAGAAGCACCAGUUCCUCUGUGUAGUGUCUAUGAAGUGACAAGAGGAGAGCCUAAGUUCACAAACUGCACUCCUGGCUUCACAAACACGCUUGACUACAUCUUCCUCUCUCCUUCGGACUUGAUCAAACCUGUCAGUAUCCUCCAGCUACCUCAACUGGAAUCUCCAGAUGUUGUGGGUUUCUUACCAAACAAUCACCACCCGAGUGAUCAUUUACCGAUAGGAGCUGAGUUUGAGAUCAGUCGAGAAUAGAGAAAUUUGUUCUUGAUAAAGUUUUGUUGCACUACUCCAUUGUUUCACCAUGAGAAUUAUAGAUAGUAUUGAACGACUUCCAUUUUUCAUAGUUUUAUUCGUUUUUUUUUUUUAGUAUUUGAAUUUUCUAUAGAAGAUGUGACCUUUGCCAUAUAGUUUUUUUUUUAAGGAGAAGCUAACAAUC